AUGCAAAGGUUCUCAACACAAGAGGUUACGGAAAAUAUGGAACGACUUGCUUUCCACUGUCGCCGCAUAGAGCCGAGACGCUUGGUUGCUCUUGCUGAAAUAAUCGCAGACUUUAUUGUAGAUCUCGGAGCCAAUUCCCAUAGCUCCUCAGAUUUGUUCACGACUGAUGAAAUUCCGGCAGAAGCAUACCAUACGCAAUGCAAGUUCUUCAACACAGCGCUUAGUGCCAUCGCUUCUCGUAUGGGAUCUGGGGCAGAGCACAAGGCAAUACCCUAUACAUACAUCUGGGCGGCUCAGCGUGUGCUUUUGGCGAUGUCUGAUAGCCUCACACAACCCUUGGCGGUGGACAGAAGUGGGUUUCAAGCUAUAAGAGCUGUUCUGGCUGGGAUGCCUAAAAAUAGGGAUGAAAUGCAUGCUGCGUCUCGACACUCAAAGUCGUGGCCUCCAUAUCUAACACCGACAGAUGGUAUUGAUGAAGUCAUGGAUGUUGAGGAAAGUUGGUCCCGUGUCGUUCGGGCAGGGAUGAUGAUGCAGGAAGCAGGAUUCCCCAAACAGGAGGUUGACGAUGUCAUCGACAUUCUGUAUGGCUUGGCUCCCGAUGGUAGCCCUACAAUCCAGCAGCGAAUGCAGAUCAACUCAGAUCGGAAGAUGUCAGCUUGGGCAGCAUCUAUCAGGGCGACGCGGAACUCUCAUGAAGCAUGGCAGAGGUUUAGGAACCCUCCAGAACCUGGUAUGAAACCUGGAGUACUCGAAUAUGCAGCUAUGUUUCAAAGGCUAUACGCCAGAGAAGCCGAUCCUCAACGAGGCACGUUGCCCGGAGACAAUCAUCUUAAUCAUCCGAUGGACGAAGAAACAAACUUAACCGAGUUGGAAAAGCUGCGGUUACAGCCUCCGACACCAGGAGAACUCUAUGGCAUGAUGAGAGAAGAACGUAUUCGGCCGGACGAACAGUGCCUGCGCAUAUUGGUAUCUAAUGCUGAGAACGUUGCGGAGGCUCAUCGGUAUUUAGAGGAUGGCAGCACUGGUCGAAAGAACUAUGCUGAAUUGACAACGGCCUUCCCUUCAACCAAAUCGCUGAAGAGAACUCCCUUACCGCUGUUUUCAGCAUAUAUGGAAUGCCUGUCCAAGAUCCCAAAUCUUGGUGGCAGAAAUCUGCUACGUGCCGUCCGGCUCGCCGAGCGUCGACUCAGCGGUAAGAAUGCCAAUUGGUCAUCCUUUGUAUGGGCGCCUAUCUUAAAACACCUUGGGCAGCACCAUGGCCGCUUACGACUCACUCUCGAGGCACAGCUCCGCCUGUUGCUAUAUGUCAUGGAUCAUAUCGAUGCUGAAAAGUCCAUGAACCUAGCCAUUGUUGACCAACUUGGCAAAACCUUACGCAAGAUCUUGCGACGGGAGGUGGAGACGCUGGCAGCGACUUUACCGAUGGGCAACGCGGACAAGAACUCAUUCGCGCAUCAUUACGAGAUACAGGCAACAGAGGCUGGCAAGAACAACAAGUACGCUAGAAACGCACAAGAACCGACAGCAUUGUCAAUGUUUCAAAUCAUCGGCGAACGGAUGAGGGGUCUGUUCUAUUCGGUGGUUGUAAAAGAGAGACAAAGAUCACGCCCAGAAGAUAGUCUACACGUGUCAAAUGUGGACAUGAUGCGAGCGCGGAGAGAUCCGGUAAUGCCAUCUGUCGCUCACAAUUUGAUGCUGGCACUGGCAUUUGCAGGACAAAUCAGGGCGAUAUCGGAUUUGAUGAAAUGGCUGAUUCAGGAAUGGAGCUCGCCAGCUCUACAAGAAGAGAUACAAAACAUGGGAGAGCUGCCGCAGGAAUUGGACAUGAUUGAGACACUGUGUGCGUUCCGAGCGUUCGCGGAACCCUUGGUCAGACCCCGAAAGGUCGAGCAAGUCAUGCAUGGUGUAACAGAGAAUGGAGUCUGGGAGUGGCCGGAUGACUCGGUGGUGGAAAAGUACAUCGAAAGCCACGGAAACGGUGUCAAGGAGUUGAGGGACGUUGUGAUUUGGGCCCGCGAUCGAUUUCUCUAUCACAGGAAUAAUAGGAUCACUGAUGUUCAUGAUCUCAACCUGGAUUGGACAAGGACGCAACAAAAGAAUUUGAGAGAACAGCUUGAUGCCGUUAAUGAUUUGAGAAGAAAAGUAUUUGCGACGGACUAUGACGAAUUGAUGGAAGAGGACGAGGAAGAGGACGAGGAAGAGGACGAGGAAGAGGACGAGGAAGAGGACGAGGAAGACGAAGAGGCAAAUGAGGAGGUUGAAAUGAUGGAAUGGGAAGAGACAGAAGAAAGGGAAGACAAAGCAGUCAGCGACCGGGAGACGUAG